GUCAGAUAAUCAUGAAGCUGGCUUUCUGAGUUCCUGAAGACGACAGAGUAAAUGCAGCAUGGACAGGUCCAAUCAGACCUCCCCAGGGGUGGGGUUCAUUCUCCUGGGCCUCUCUGCUCACCCAAAGCUGGUGAGUACAUUCUUUGUGCUCAUCCUGCUGAUGUACCUGGUGAUCCUGCUGGGUAACGGGGUCCUCAUCCUGGUGACCAUCUCUGACCCCCACCUGCACACCCCCAUGUACUUCUUCCUGGGGAACCUCUCCUUCCUGGACAUCUGCUACACAACCUCCUCCGUGCCCCUCAUUCUGGACAGCUUCCUGACCCCCAGGAAGACCAUCCCCUUCUCGGCCUGCACCGUGCAGAUGUUUCUCUCCUUUGCUAUGGGGGCCACGGAGUGUGUGCUUCUGGGCAUGAUGGCGUUUGACCGCUAUGUGGCCAUCUGCAAACCCCUUAGGUAUCCUGAGAUCAUGAGCAAGGCUGCCUACGUGCCCAUGGCUGCAGGCUCCUGGGCAGCUGGAAGCUCCACUGCCAUGGUACAGACAUCCCUAGCAAUGCGACUGCCCUUCUGUGGGGACAACAUCAUCAACCACUUUACCUGUGAGAUCCUGGCUGUCCUGAAGCUGGCCUGUGCCGACAUCUCCAUCAAUGUGAUCAGUAUGACAGUGGCCAACGUGGUCUUCGUAGGCAUCCCACUCCUGUUCAUCUCUUUCUCCUACGUGUUCAUCAUGGCCGCCAUCCUGAGGAUCCCCUCAGCAGAGGGGAGGAGAAAGACCUUCUCCACCUGCUCUGCCCACCUCACCGUGGUGGUCGUCUUCUACGGGACCAUCCUCUUCAUGUACGGGAAACCCAAAUCCAAGGACCCUCAGGGGGCAGACAAACAGGACCUUUCAGACAAGCUCAUCUCCCUCUUCUAUGGGGUGGUGACCCCCAUGUUCAACCCCAUCAUCUACAGCCUGAGGAACAAGGACGUGAAAGCCGCUGUGAAGAACCUGGUAUUUCCCAAACAUUUCGCCCAGUGAUGGAGGACAAGUCCCGAUGGACCUCUGCUCUCUAGCUUCUCCCACCUGAGAAUCUCAGAGUUCAAGAUGAAGGGCCAACUACAUCAAAGGUGACACAGGCAAGUCUAAUUCCACAGAAUGGCUCUGUGUGAACAGAAAACGUUUUAUGAGACUUUUCCCCACCUCAUUCUACAAGCAGUUCUACAACAGUAUGUUCCUAUUGGCAAAGCCUCAUAGUUCUCUAUCUCUGUGAUGCAUAGUGAACAAAUCGAUGU